AUGGAUGCGCUCAACAAAGACGUUCUGGAGGAAGCGUUGAGGAUUCAGCAGCUGUUGUUGGGGCCGGGAACUUCUUGUAAUUCGUUCUCGGGGGAGCGAUGUUUUAAUGAGAUGAUUUCGAAACCGACCAGCAUCUCGGCAUUGGAUGGGGAGAGGAAUAAGAGUUCUGAAAGAAUGCAGGAUGGCAUGUUUAUACACUCGCCUCUGCUAUACUGGAAUUGCUCGCUGGAAGCCAUUCAGAAUGACCCUAAUCUGCUACGCACCGUAAAUCAGGGUCUCAGUCGCCGUUCAUCAGCCAAUGUGACGUUGCGAUGGGGAUCUGUGUUUGCCGGGAAGAUGUUCCAUCACCAGGAGUUGGUUGGGGCAGACGCUUUGGUUAUCAGUUUGUUUUAUCAGCUAGAUUCGCCAGCAGGGGAGAUAUGGGACCGACAAGCGGAGCUUUUGGCAAAAGGCGCGGAAACACAUCAGAGGUAUCAGGUGUAUCCGAGCGACGGGAAAGAAAGGAAAAACACUUUAUACGAGUUCCGGUUUCAACCAAUGAGCAAGUUGGACAAUAUUAUGCUGGCUGGAUGCUAUUUUUUCACUUUGGCAUAUCUCGCCAUGUCCUUGAGGGGCUUAAGGGCCGUGAAAUCGAGGUUAGGCCUCAUUGCCACUGUGUUAACACAGAUAGGCUUUUCUAUCAUAUCCAGUUUUACGAUAUUGGCCUUCUUCAAUGUACCUGUGUCUCACGUGCCGAGAGAGUUCUUUCCGUUCGUCGUUAUUGUCAUUGGGCUAGAGAACAUGUUUCGUCUCAUCAACGCAGUGCUAGAAACACCGGCAGAACAGCCUACAACAAACCGCAUAGCUACUGCUCUCGGCGAGGUCGGAUUUCUCUCAAUGGUAGCUGUAGGAACAGAUCUUGGCCUGUUGUUAAUCAUUGGUCAUUUUUCUGUGCCGGCCGUCCGGGAAUUUUGCACAUUUGCAGGGGUGGCCCUGAUUAUGGAUUUUGUCUUGCACUUGACCUACUUUCUAGCUGUUUUGAGUGUUGAUGUACGGCGUCUUGAAUUACAAGAUUCGCUCGAUCAUAUGAGCUUUAAUGAUGACCAUGACAACAAAGACCCCUGGGAAGAUCCACCUAAUGAGAAUGAUUCAUUUCUCGGGCUUAUCCUGAAAGGUGUACUGCCUGUGAGCACAAGAAUUGCUGGCUCGGCGAUUAUGAUUUGCUUCCUUGUGAUACUCAACAUGCACUUCUUGGAGAACCAGUCCCCCCUACGCACAUUUAGAUCAUUGGUCGAGAUGGUCACGAGUAGCCUGAGUGGGAGCCCGGAAAACGUGACCAGAAAUCAGGUGGCCGCCAUGCCAAUCAAUGUGGCUAGAACACCCACAUCUUGGCUGAAGUUACAGGAUAAACUUACCGGCAAAGAAUUAAUACGAGUUGUUAAGCCUGGGGCGUAUAGGAUGGUUGCUAAAGUUUAUAACCCGAUGUUUUGCGUUAUUAGCGGCUCGAAUCGAUCAAAGAUACCCGGCGUGUUACCAAAUCUUGCGAGCAUGAUUGAUCUGGAAACAGUCGCCAAACACUUCCAGGGAUUUCUCUUGACUAUAGUUUUAGUGGUGGCUGGCGUGACGAUUUUGAUGAACUAUCUUCUCAUGAAGUACAUCGCAGAUGACAUGAGCGACUGUGGAACAGAGAACGAAGGACCUUUAUUAACCUGUCACACGUUGUACGAAGGGCACUCAUUGGAUGUGGUGAUGCUCGCGGCUUCAACAAGAGGGGUGGUGGUAUCGGUUGGACUUGAUAGGAGGAUUGUGGUCUGGAAGUUGAAGACAAGGUGGCAGGUUCCGUCAAAAGACAUCAUUCGCCCGACCUGCGCCGAGCAUUCCCUAUGGCCCGUAAUGGCCAUCGCAUUGGACGAAAAAGGAGAGUGGCUUGCGAUCGCACCAAGGGUAGGGAUGAUAUCGAUAUGGCAUGUUGGAGAAUCGACCUUCAAGGGCUCAGUAGCGAUUGAUUUGGCAGGGCAACAGCCAGCGGCAUUUUUCUUCGAGUCGUCAAAACAUGGAGAUGCAGUAUACCGGGGACCAUCAUUGAUUAUUCUGAGGCAGAACGGGUGGCUUUCAGAAAUCUGCAUCAAAACUGGGCAAUGCAUCCAACAUCGGAUAUGUACUGGUGUGGUGGUUUCGUCGUCGCAUGGGGUUUUCACGCCAAGAACCCCGUUGAGGAUCGUCACAGCCUGCCAAAAAGCGAGAAUCUUUGUGACAUCAAAGUCUGGAGGAGAGUGGAACUCGAGGCAGCUCAAUCUAUUGGAGCAGCCUUGGUCACAUCCGUCGUUGGAGGCGGGAGUCGAUGCCACCACGGUUUUGCCAUUGUCAGCACUGGGGAUGAUUGUCGUUUCUAGGUCCUGUAGCGUGGAUCUUGUGGAUCUUGUGUCAGGAAGCGUUGUUCGAACAUUCCAGACAGGUCAAUUCAAGUCCAGCUCAUUAAGGGCCUUCCAUGCUAAACGACGAACGUGCCUAUACUGCGGAUGUCCUGCUGUGCUCUCGUUCUCCAUCGCCUAUACGGAAAAGGAAUCAGGCAUGUUCAUUAUGCACACUUUCUUCUCGUCACGGGGAAAAAUGCGGGAUGUUUGUCUACGAGCUGAGCGUGAUCGAAGAGAACGCAAGUGCUUCGGUUUCGAGAGUGUCAUGGAGACAACGCAUUGGCUCGAAAACGUUGAAGGCUGGGAACCAACAAACUUGAACAUGGUUACCGGAAUCCGGCGGCGAGAGGCUCCCCAGGAGGACCAAUCAUCUGACGACCACGAUACCUGCUCUUCCUCAUCACAAGCGUACAGUCUACGCAGACGCAAGCAGAUGCAGAGAAGAUCCAGUACCGAGGACGAGGACGAGUGGGAAGCGUGGACCAUGCAUGCAGACGGCGUUGUCACAGCAUAUCCACUAUCCUACAAGAAUGGCGGCAACAAUGACGAUUCGUUACUUGUGAGCACAGCCGGUCCCGUGUGUCGUAUUGGGCAGAGGUCAGUGGCCGUCGGCUUCGGGAACACGGUAAAAGUUCUGCUUGUUGGAAACGAACGCUACGAGGAUGAAGGGGACGACGACUUGUACCAAAUUUCACGCAAGGCACGCAGUUACCGGCGGCAAUGA